CUGUGUGUUUACUACACGGACCAGGCAGCAGCAGACACUUGGCUUCACAUGCACCUAACUAACAGCAGCCAGCUAAACACUUUAUAGUUCCAUCUGAAAGAGAAUCUCCAAGAAUCCAACAUGCCCAAGAGAAAGGGAGCAGCUGGGGACGCCAAGGAGGAGCCCCAGAGGAGAUCCGCCCGGUUAUCAGCGAAACCAGCCCCAGCCAAGACUGAACCCAAGGCCAAGAAGGAGAAACCAGCAAAGAAAGAGAAGGCUGUGAACGACAAGAAGGAGGAGAAGAAAACUAAGAAGGCAGCAGCGAAGGAGAACGCAGAGGCUGAAGCUGCUGAGGAGAACCACUCUGAGAACGGAGAUGCCAAGACCAACCAGAUGGAGGAUGCUCCCGAGGCGGAGAAGGAGGAAGCCAAGUCUGAGUAGCAACACUGCCGACCCCUGACAUCGGACCCCCCCCCCCCAGCCUGCCCCAGUGUUCGUGGUCCCUCUCCAAGGCGUAUUGUUAACAGAGGAAUAUUUUUAUCAGUGAUUUUAUAAGUAUACUAUCUACUAUCCGUACAGAUUUUUAGCACAAAGCAAAGCUGAGUAAUAUAAUGCAGAUCUGCAGUGGUCAUAUCAACAAAGUGUCUGCAGGCAAGAUGAACACACUAAAAUGUUUUUUAAUGAAACAGCAUUUGAUGAUUGUGUAAGAAGCAAAGCGCGUCCUGUCCCAUAGUGAGUUGUGUUCCUGUGCCCCCCUCCUCCACAGUUGGUUAUCCUAGGGUUCUACCUUAUUCCUGGAUAAUUAACUGUUUUGAUCCCGUCUGUUAUGUGCAGUGAGUUCCUUUUGCUUUGUCUAAAUGUUCCUGUUUUUACAUGAAACAUGUUCUAAGCGUGUUGAAAGUGUGUUGUCCAAUAAGGAAGAGGAAGAGAGAAAUUCCGGGCACAGUGACAUGCAUGUCUCCUAGGCGACCCUGUAACAGUGACAUGCAUGUCUCCUAGGUGACCCUGUAACAGUGACAUGCAUGUCUCCUAGGCGACCCUGUAACAGUGACAUGCAUGUCUCCUAGGUGACCCUGUAACAGUGACAUGCAUGUCUCCUAGGUGACCCUGUAACAGUGACAUGCAUAUCUCCUAGGUGACCCUGUAACAGUGACAUGCAUGUCUCCUAGGUGACCCUGUAACAGUGACAUGCAUGUCUCCUAGGUGACCCUGUAACAGUGACAUGCAUGUCUCCUAGGCGACCCUGUAACAGUGACAUGCAUGUCUCCUAGGCGACCCUGUAACAGUGACAUGAUGUCUCCUAGGUGACCCUGUAACAGUGACAUGAUGUCUCCUAGGUGACCCUGUAACAGUGACAUGAUGUCUCCUAGGUGACCCUGUAACAGUGACAUGAUGUCUCCUAGGUGACCCUGUAACAGUGACAUGAUGUCUCCUAGGUGACCCUGUAACAGUGACAUGUCUCCUAGGUGACCCUGUAACAGUGACAUGAUGUCUCCUAGGUGACCCUGUAACAGUGACAUGAUGUCUCCUAGGUGACCCUGUAACAGUGACAUGAUGUCUCCUAGGUGACCCUGUAACAGUGACAUGAUGACUCCUAGGCGACCCUGUAACAGUGACAUGAUGUCUCCUAGGUGACCCUGUAACAGUGACAUGAUGUCUCCUAGGUGACCCUGUAACAGUGACAUGAUGUCUCCUAGGUGACCCUGUAACAGUGACAUGAUGUCUCCUAGGUGACCCUGUAACAGUGACAUGAUGUCUCCUAGGUGACCCUGUAACAGUGACAUGAUGUCUCCUAGGUGACCCUGUAACAGUGACAUGAUGUCUCCUAGGUGACCCUGUAACAGUGACAUGAUGUCUCCUAGGUGACCCUGUAACAGUGACAUGAUGUCUCCUAUGUGACCCUGUAACAGUGACAUGAUGUCUCCUAGGCGACCCUGUAACAGUGACAUGAUGUCUCCUAGGCGACCCUGUAACAGUGACAUGAUGUCUCCUAGGCGACCCUGUAACAGUGACAUGAUGUCUCCUAGGCAACCCUGUAACAGUGACAUGAUGUCUCCUAGGCGACCCUGUAACAGUGACAUGAUGUCUCCUAGGCGACCCUGUAACAGUGACAUGCAUGUAUGUCCCUCUGAUGUUCUGGAAUUCUUCAAUAAAACGAGUCCUGUCAAUUUUCCUCAAAA